GCGGUGUAUAAUUCCCUGUGCGGACAGUUAGCACUGUAUGGAUCAUCUGUAAUCCAGCAAAAAAAUAAAAUAAACAGUCAUUUCCAUAAAUAUCUGAUUUUGUUUAUUUUCAUAAAUUCUCUCUUUUUUAACAUAUAGAAAAAAAAAAUGGUCGCUUAUGGUGGAGACGAAGUCAAUGCUCUUGUUCUUGACGUUGGAUCAACCAUGACGCGUGCUGGUUAUGCAGGCGAGGACACCCCUCGUGUCAUGUUUCCUACCAGUGUAGGCUACCUGGAAGAGAACCCAGAUGUGGUCAUGGCUGAAGAAGAUACUGAACCACAACCAUCUUUGUCGAAAAGAAAAUAUUACAUUGGUGACAAUAAAAUCAACAAGUUCAAAAGCAACAUGGAAGUCAAGAAUCCAAUGCACGACGGCAUGGUGGAGGAUUGGGAAGCCAUGGAGCAUAUUUGGGAUGCAGCAUUGAACGACAUGUUGAGAAUCGAUCCCGAAAAUCAUCCAUUGUUAUGUACAGAACCUGCUUGGAAUACAAAAGAGAAGCGUGAAAAGACGAUGGAAUUAGCUUUUGAAAAGUUUAGAUUUCCUGCUUUUUAUCUCGCCCAAGACGCCGUGAUGACAGCGUUUUCAGUGGGAAGAGCUACAGCGCUUGUGCUUGAUUCAGGCGGAGGUGUGACAAGUGCUGUACCUGUCUAUGAUGGAUUUGUAUUAAAGAGGGGCAUAUUACAUCAGACCGUAGCGGGCGAUACCUUGGCUAAUCAAAUCAAGAGACAACUGAAAAAGGAUUUGGAUUACACCAUUACUCCUCAUUACAAAAUCGCUAAAAAGAAUCCCGUAACUUCUGAUCAACAACCCGAUGUCCAGUUGCGUGAUUUACAAGGCAUCACAGAGAGUUUUAACGACUAUCAAACAACGAAAGUUGUGAAUGAAUAUAAGGAAACGAUUUGUGAAGUUUCUGAUACGACAUUUGAUGAAGAAAUUUUAGGCUCGAGGUCUAAGAAAUCAUUUGAAUUUCCUGAUGGAUUUAAUCAUGCCUUUGGAUUAGAGAGAUACAAGGUCCCCGAGACCCUUUUCCAACCUCACAUUCACGACGAAAUCACCACUGCGCAAGAGGAAGAAGAGCGAACAGAAGAAGAAGGCGUGGAACCUAAGAAUAAAUUACUUGGUGUGCAUGAUAUGGUCUUCAACAGUAUCAAUCACUGUGAUAUCGAUCUUCGACCUCUUUUAUUCAAUAAUAUUGUGGUCACGGGUGGAAAUACACUGUUUCCAGGUUUUAAUGAGCGUUUGAAUUAUGAGUUGCCCUUGAAAGCGCCUGGCAGUAAAAUCAAGAUUCAUGCGGCAGGUAAUGCAACAGAACGUAAAAGUAGUAGUUGGUUGGGUGGGUCUAUAUUAGCUUCAUUAGGUACAUUCCAUCAAUUAUGGGUGUCGCGAAAAGAGUAUGAAGAAUUCGGUGCUUCCAUUGUUCACAGAAAGUGUUGAUUUUUAUUGAAAAAAAUAAAAUCAAUAAUAAAUAUAUAUAAAAAAAAAUAAAAAAUAUAUGUGACAAGAGAUGGGAAGAAAAGGAGGGGAAAACGGAGGCGAAAAGAGAUGUGAUUAUUUACAGUGCAUGUGUUUGUGUGUGUGUGUGUGUGUGUAUGAGAUUGAUAUAUUUAAAAUGGAGGAUCAUAUAAAUCAUUUAACUUUUGUCUUUUACUUUGUU